AUGUCUGUCGACUGCCCAAUAUGCAACAAACCCGUCAAGCCCUCCGAGAUCAAUAGCCACAUCGACUCGGGCUGCGCGCGCUUCAUCGUCGGCAAGGACUCGCCACCAUCGACAGACAUUGCCGCCGCGACCGCCUUGUCGCAGCCGCCGCCGACGACACAGAAACGAAGCGCCUCGAGCUUCUUCUCAACGCCCGCGCCGAAACGACAGCAAAAUGGAGACGCCAAGCCCGUGACGCCGGUGCCGCUCAUCGGCAAGAAGCGAACCUUUGAGGAAGGUCCUGGCGCGAGCGACGCCAGCAUCAGUGCGCCGCUGUCACGCGUCGGCGACUCGAGCGAGGGACCGCCCCUCAACGGCAUUGCAGAACCUACUGCUCCGACGACGACGACGACACCGGACAAUGGCAAGCUGGUCAAGCGCGCCAAGCUCAGCAAGGCGGCGCCGCUCGCCGAGCGCAUGCGGCCGACGACGCUCGACGACGUGUACGGGCAGGACCUCGUGGGCCGGCAGGGCGUGCUGCGCGCGCUCAUCGAGUCGGACCGGGUGCCGUCCAUGAUCCUCUGGGGCGGCGCGGGCACGGGCAAGACGACGAUUGCGCGGUGCAUCGCGCACGCGACCGGGCGGCGCUUCGUCGAGAUCAACGCGACGAGCUCGAGCGUGGGCGAGUGCAAGAAGCUGUUCCAGGAGGCGGCCAGCGACCUCGCACUCGCCGGCCGGCGCACCAUCAUCUUCUGCGACGAGCUGCACCGCUUCAACAAGGCGCAGCAGGACGUGUUCCUGCGGCCCGUCGAGGCCGGCACCGUCACCCUCAUCGGCGCCACCACGGAGAACCCGAGCUUCAAGGCCGUGCGCGGCGGCGACGCCGACGCCGCCCUCUACUACCUCGCCCGCAUGCUGCAGUCGGGCGAGGAUCCGCUCUUCGUCGCCCGCCGCAUGGUCGUCAUCGCCAGCGAGGACGUCGGGCUCGCCGACAGCACGCUGCUGCCGCUCGCCACCGCCGCCUACACCGCCGCCCAGCAGAUUGGCAUGCCCGAGGCCCGCAUCCCGCUCGCCCACUGCGCCGUCGCCCUGUGCCUCGCGCCCAAGAGCACCCGCGCCUACCGCGGCCUCAACAACGCCUACGCCGCGCUCCGCGAGCCCGGUGUCGCGGCGCUGCCCGUCCCGCUGCACCUGCGCAACGCCCCGACCAGGCUGAUGCGCGACAUGGGCUACGGCGCCGAGUACAAGUACCCGCCCAACUACCGCGACGGCCGUGUCAGCCAGACCUACCUGCCGGACGAGCUUCUCGGGCGGCGCUUCCUGGAGGACAGGGAUUUGGGGACAGAGGUGGACCCGGAUGUGGUCAUGAAGGACGACGGCGAAAAGGCGUAG